AUGCGCGUCGCCCUCUCCGCCAUCGUCGCGGCUCUGCCGCUGCUCGCCUCUGCCGAGGAGAAUCCCUUCGCCCAGUACCAGGCACACAUCCAGAACUUCCUCGGCCGCGUGUCCUCAUCCAUUCCCAACCCCGGCCGCCAUGAUCCCGUCGCUGCCCUUGAGGCCAAGCUGGGCUCCAUGAAGCUGUCCACCCUGACCCUCGAAAACUGGAAGCAGACGCUCUAUGAGCCGGUGGCCCCCGCCGCCACUGUUCCCGAAGAGUGGUGGGUUCUCAUCACGGGGCGGAACAAGACCUGCUUUGGCCAUUGCGGCAAGGUUGAACAGGCCUUCAACGAGACGGCAGCCAAGUUCGCCCUCACCCCCGGCUCUCCCCACAUGGGCUACCUCAACUGCGACGACCAGCCCAUCCUCUGCAACAGCUGGUCCGCUAGCACGGCUCACAUCUGGUCCUUCGCCAUGCUGCCGGCCCCCGCUCCCGUCGAGAUUUAUAAGAAGAGGCUCAACCUCACCACCACGACCUCGUCCGACCUCGUCGCUCUGCAAUCAUCCAAGAGUAAGGCUGAAUGGACCCUCCUCGAGUCGUGGUUCCACCCUUUCAACAGCCACGCCGCCGAGUACGGUCUCGCUGUUCCUUACGGAUACGUCAUGUGGGCUUUCAACCUGGUCCCCAAUUGGCUCUUCAUGGUCAUCGUCUCCUUUGCUAGUCGAAGCAUGAUGUAA